AUGCGUGGGAUGCCUCGUUUGUGCCUGCGAUGCACGAGACGAGGCUCGCUUUGCCGGCUGACUGCCGAUGCCAUUGGUGUGGUGUCCGUUACCACCGUCACACCGAGUCGAUAUCGAAGUGCACAUGAACGCGGGAAUUUAGACAGCGCCAAGAAAUUUGGGAAGGAGUGGGGUAUUGGCAAGGCGAGGACGGCGUGGUAUCCGAGGGUGCGUGCGGCAAUUGAUGACCACCCUGGGGAGGAAGUGGUGGAUAUGGAUCGUCCCCGCCCCGAUGAGGAGGUGUAUCGAAAGGAAGCAAAGGGAUCGUCGACGGAGAGCGCCGCCGUGGUCGAUGAGGCGCUGGAUGGGCAGGCGGAAAUUGGCCGUGUCGACCAGGCGGUGGAUGAAGUGCAGGCAUUUCUUCGCGAGAAACAGCUUGAAGUGGCGGAGGCGCAGUUGGAGCGCAAUGUCGCUAUUCCGUACCCCACGCACCCGGAUGACAUGACACCGGAAUUUCGUCGCAUCAAAAGGCAUCAGUCUAUCGUGGUGGUCGCCACGGAUCCUGAUUACCCCGUCUUUGCGCGACGGGAUCAGUUUGUGCAGCUUCCGUUGCCUAAAAAUCACCCGUGGGUGAAGAACACACCUAUAGGGCCCUUUAUUCAACACGGUGAUGGUCAACUCGGUGUCGUGGGGAGCGGUGAGGUUGGCUUCGACGAUGAGCAUGUGGCUAAGGCGCUUCCACACAGCUUUCGUGGUCUGCGGCAUCGUUCCGUGAUGCAGCAACGUCUCCCAGAAAAGAACGGUAAAGUGCUUCAGGAUGCGGUGGUGAAGAACAGCUUCAGUCUCACGGGUCGGGGUGUCUUCGCUACGAGGGAUAUUGCCGCAGGGGAAAGCAUUAUGAUUGUGCGAAACACGGCCUGCAACCUUGGCGUGAAAGGGGAGGUGGAGCGUCUGGUGGAAAUGUGCGGUGAUGUCCUCCUCACUGUUUAUGAGGGUACCGAGGCGGAUUUGGACUAUUUACAUGAUUGGGUCCUUACCGGCCAGCCCUCUUCGUUACUGGAGUUUUGGCCGAAAUCUGCCACAGAACGUGUCUUGGAGCGUAUUGGCGGUGUUGAGGUUUUACAUGCACUGGAGCUGCAUGAAAUUCACAUUGCACGCAUUGCCGCCAUCAUCGACAUGAACAGUUUUCUUGUGGAGUCCUCCUACGCGGUGCGGAAGGGUAUGGCGUAUUUCCCGGAGGCGGGUUUCUUAAAUCACAGCUGCGCACCGAAUGCGACGUACGACGUGAUACCGGAGCACACGUUCCAUGAGUCGGAGUAUUACUUGGACGAAGUCUUGCAAGCAGAAGCCUCAGACGCCACGGACCCAACAUUGUCGGCAGCAGCAAUCGAAGAAAAAGAUGAAACAGUUGUCAUGGAUGAAAAGUUCUCUCCCUCCAGAGGGACACAUCCAAGCAAUCGUGUGGAAGAGAAAGAAAACGGAGAGGAUGGAAACAAAUCCACGGCGUCUCGUGAACUAACAGUUGGGGCUCCGGUGCAAUAUUUGUUUUGUUGCCGUGCCACCGCCAACAUUCCCGCUGGAUCGGAAAUUCUUAUCAGUUACGUUCCACCCGAAUGGUCUUUUGACAACCGUCAAUACGUUAUACAUGAUCGUUAUCGAUUUUGGUGCAAAUGCCCAAAGUGUGCCCCCACAUUGGACGCUAAAUACGCCCGUGUGCCUAAGCUCAUUGUCUUGUUAUUGGUUUUUAGUGUUUUUCUACAGCUGCUUGUGUUGCAUAAACGUGACGUGGAGCAGACGGCAACGCGUGAAAAUUUGGUGACGGAAGAAGAUUCCACUUUCUACAGGGAUGACAACGACGAGGAUGAUGCGCCGAUGGAGCAGCGGCGUGCGCCACGAAAACGCCUGCGUGGGUUAUUUGAGUUGCUUGAAGAGGAAAGACUUCAGGAAAUUUACGCUACUGACAGACGCCCCCUACCUGCAGCAUUGGCUAAUGACCAAUGGGCUCGUCCACCGCGAUAG